UAGUUUGUUUCGGCAGUUACAUAAAAGGGUAACGCACGUCUCUCUCGCUCUAUCGCUUGUUUGUCAGCAUAGGCUAUAUAGCACGGUAACCCACGCAGACGGCGGAAGAGAGGCGAGAAGAAAAACUUUUCCAAAAUAAAAUACAAAAAAAAGAAAAGGGGGGGAACAAGAGUGUCCGUAUGUGUUUCCUGUGGGCGCCCGCCAAAAGAGGGAGCUACCAUCCGGUUGUUCCAGUUCACAUCUCGCUUCGUGCAGAGCCACUCCAUUCACGCAGCACACACGUUCUUGAUAUUCACGCACGAUUCGUCCGGCGGUCAGCGUCCGUAAACCCAAACUUUCAUUCUUCCUCGAGAGUUGCCGUUGGCCGGAUUUGCACCACUUCCACAUCGCGUCGCCUUUUUCUUUUCUUUUUCGUUUGUUUUUGGUUUUUCUCCUGAGUUAUUUGAAACAUUUUUGUUGUUCCUUUUUGAUUCCCACAGUUCUCAACAGUCGGUGAUUCACUUCUUCUAGUGUUUCAAUGGCACUUGAUCCGCAUUAUCGCCAGUGAUUCUUUUUGUUUUUAAAGUCAAGUUUCGACGUGAAAAUUUGGUUUCACAAACUCCGAUGGGCGUUGCGGAACCCAGCCGGUGUCGCCGGCCUAUCGUUAGUCAAUACAACAACAGUUGAGUUGUCAAUGUGUUCGCAUCACUGUCACGGCCUUGUUCCGUGAUAUUAUGGAACACAAGUGUGUCCCCCACUGGACAACAUGUCACCGUUUAUCGACGCAUCCAGACAGACAGACGGAAUGCAUUAUUGGAUAUUAAAUUCGCUUCUUUUAUUUUACAUGGCCUCCACCGCUGCCGGUAACCCGACAGACGGAAAUGGAUGGGCAGGAUCGACGGCCAACGAGACGGCCACAACAGCUGGCAACAGCUUAACAUCGACGACGGCCAGCUCCAAAGUCAUCAUCGAUUCGAGCGAUGAUAUCAUUCCGAUCCAGUCCGACUACGAUUCAGUCCGAAGUUCCGUCAUCUUCUUUAGCGCUUCCCUUUCCAUGUUCGCUGCCAUUGGUAUCAUCGUCUUCUUCCGCAAGUGCGUCAACUGCCCCACAGAGAGACAGGACGGCCAGCUCCGGCACGGACGCCAUCACUAUUACACGGCAGGUGGCGAAAUUGCCCAUUUCAGGAGCUUGGUGGAUCGAACGAACGCUGCCAAUGCCGUCACGGUCGUCGACGUGGACGACACGUUCGAUGUCAUCACUGGCAUCGACGUCCCGUUGAAUCCAUCGUCGAACAGUAAAAUGACUAGCCAGGAAGACGAAAUCAAUGUGUCGCCAAGUCAUAAAGCCACUUGUCAUUAUCCGCUUCUUUCCCUUGCCGAUUCGACAUCCGGAUUCCGUUUCUAUGACGACGACGACUACGAAGGGAAACGGAAUCGACGAUAAUCAGGCACCUGGAGAUUGCACGUAAUAAGAACCCGCUGGCAGCAGCAGCAUGGAAAGACAAGAGUUUUCAUUUGCGUCCCCCCUUUAUCAAUCGAUAUUUCCUAUCUCGGUGAUGUAUUAGUCGUUGAUACUUGUGUUCGUCGAUGUCGCCACAGACCAAAGCCAAAUUAUCGAUCACUCUUUUGAUUUCUUUUUUUUUUUUCUUUUCUUUUCGCCCCUUUCUCCUUUGCUUGCACAAGCGUCUCCGUCUCGAUAUUUGUGUGUGUGUGUGUCCCCAACCCAUAGAUUUGGAAAAAGAAGACGACGCCGAAAUGCGGUCGAUCGAUAGUUUUCCCCUGUGCGCCCUGUCUACUUCCCUUGGCGUGUUUAGUCCUUACCCUAACGGAAUUCACCAUGUUGGAUCUCGCACCCCACCCCUCUUUUUUCUCCUCUUUCUUUUCACUUGUUAUAUUACUGGUCAUAAAAGAAACACGUUGGAGGGACUACCUAACGUCUACGCUAAGUUCUAUGAAAGCUAUAUAAUUAUUUAUCUGUAUGAAACAAUCUCACAUAUUAUUUCUAUACAUGGCUGUACAUACAAUAAAGCAAAUAAUCUGAUAAUCUAUUUGAUAUAGCUCUAUUACUAUUUAUCCCCGACAACUCAUUUGUGUCGUUUGAUUUACCCGACCCUCUUCCUAUUGUCUUCUUGCAAUACAAUUUACGAGUUGGCCAAAAGAUGUCGCCGAAAUCGCUGUUUGGCUCGUCCGGUAUUAUUUUGCUCACGCACGGUUCAUCAGUUCCAAACCUCUUUUGUCUGUACGUGUUAAAUUGUUGGGCGUUUGUUCAUGCGACCAUGGCAGCACAAAAUAAUAAUUAAAAAAAAAUGCAUCAAUAAAUCGAAAAAUAGAAACACA